UGGAAACACUUGCCUUUAGACAUUGGAGUUGAGUUAUGUGAAAUUUUAGUGUUACUAUGAAGAGAAAAUCAUUGAGAAGGGGAGGGGGAUGUCAAGCAGCUCCAAAUGGCUUCCAAAAAUCUCAUAAGGGAUCCAAAAUUCCAAUGUAUGCAAAUGCUCCCCAGCAUAUUUACUCUUAUCAUAUAUGAUGGAAUCCCACCCAUUACACUCCAAGUGGUGGAAAUGCAUACUGAUCCUGGGUCUUGUAUGGAGAACACAUUUCUUGGAUUGGUUCCUGAUCAAAUUUCAUGCCUAGCUGAUUAGGCUAAAAUUUUUUACUGAUCACUCUUGUUCAGAGGGUGAAGAGGAGAUCACAGUUGCAUGAAUAACUUCAACAAUUGGAAGGAAGGAGUAUUUUGAGAUCCCAUGGGCUAGCUUGAGAGCAAUGGUAGAGCCAUUGAUGGCAGAGAGAUCAGUGAUCAACCACAAAGAUUAUCUUACAAAUGGGCAUAUCAUUACAUCCCGUGCUAUUAAGAUUACAGAAACUGAAGUAUUGACUGAGGAGGGUCGCCUGAUUGCCUAUGAUUAUCUUGUUGUAGCCACUGGCCAUGAUGAUUCUGUUCCCAAAACCAGAAUGGAGAGGCUCCGUCAGUAUUAUGCAGAGAACAACAAAAUCAAAGCUGCCAAGUCCAUUUUAAUCAUUGGAGGGGGGCCCACUGGUGUUGAACUUGCUGGAGAGGUUGCUACAGAUUUCCCUAAUAAGAAGGUGACUUUGGUUCAUAGUGGGUCAAGGUUGUUGCAAUUUAUUGGACCAAAAGCUUCUAGCAAGACACUAGAAUGGUUGGCUUCAAAGAAAGUUGAAGUGAUUCUGGAUGAAUCAAUCAACUUGAACUCUGUAUCGGAUGGAAACAAGGUAUAUCGAUUAUCUAGUGGAAAAACAGUCACUGCCGAUUGCCACUUUCUAUGCACUGGUAAACCCACAGGUUCAUCAUGGCUAAAGGAGACAAUUUUGAAGGAUAGCUUGGAUGCUAAUGGAAGAUUGAUGGUUGAUGAGAACUUGAGAGUUAAAGGUUGGAGGAACAUCUUUGCCAUUGGAGAUAUAACUGACAUUUCGGAAAUCAAACAAGGGUACUUGGGACAGAAGCAUGCUUUAGUCGCUGCCAAGAACCUGAAACUGUUGAUGAGUGAAGGAAAAGAAAGAAAGAUGGCAACUUACAAACCAGGUUCAAUAACAGCUAUUGUUUCACUCGGGAGGAAAGAGGCAGUUGCACAAUUCCCCCUCACAACGGUAAUAGGAAGAGCUCCUGGCAUGAUCAAGUCAAGUGACUUGUUUGUAGGGAAGACAAGGAAGAAAAUGGACCUACGACCUGAUCUUGAAAGAAACUAGUGGUUGAAAAAGUUCAGGGUUGAAAAAAAUGAGUGGAGCUCUGUAUAAGAAUGUUCUCUUUUCCAAUUUUCUUUUAUUUAUUUUUCUUGUUCAAUAUUUCUUUGUAGAUUUUGUUAUAUACUUAUAUGAUCUUUGCAUGUGAAUUAUUC